AUGGUCAAUCACAAUUCAAGAGGCUUGGUGAUGGACUUGGUGGAUGCCGGUGUAUAUGAAAAGGAUUUUGAGUUAGUUUGGGCAAACAAAAGAAAUGUUGACGGAGGUGAUGAUGAACCUUCUUCUUCAUAUACUCCGUAUACACCGGAUGCAUCUAGUGCUAUAGAUAAACCUAUAACAAAACCAGAAUCUACAGGUUGUUGCGACUCAACAUCUACUACCCCAGAAUUAUCAACAGUAACACCAAUGACUAUUAUAACAACAAGUGCAAUUACCGCCACGUCAUCUAUUCCUACACAAACCUUUCAAGACGCCUCUGAUAGGUCUACAUUGAUGUCUUCCAUAUCAAGUUCAACUUGUUUUCCUAGCAGUACAUCCUCCAUAUCAACCCCAACCAUGGACGCCCUAACCUCUUCUCCAACAUCAACUUCAAAAUUAAGCCCGAACACAACUAUAACGAGCACAGCUACUAGUACUAUGAAUGCUACUACUCUUAGUGAAAAUAACUCUACAUUUUCCCCGCUCUCAGAUACCCAAGGCACGUUCACGAAACAUGAACAUACAUCUUCCACUCUGGCGGUGACUGUAAGUGUUACAGUCAUUGUCAGUUUAAUUGCGUUGGGUGUUGUAGCAUUUCUUGUUAGGAGGACAUUAAGGAAGCAAAGUAGGAGAAAUGAGGAAUUGGAGGAAAGGGGCGAGAAACCAAAUACGGGGUUAGAAGCCUUUGUUACAGGAAUGGGUAUCAGGAAGAGCGAAAACGGAGGUAGUGGAGGAGAUACCGAAGCGCCUCGGCCGGAGAUGAAAAGGAAUCCAUCAGUUUCCACAUCAGAAGUCGGAAACGAAGCAACACUGGAUCGAGCGGAAAUGGAAACUGUAAGGGCACGCUCAACUGUAAGUUCAGGAUGGGGAGAUGGACUAUCUAUUCAUUCACUCGAAUUGAACGAAAAUGAACCAGUUCAAGGUUUAAGCAUCCGUCCUCAAACUCGAUCGCCUCCCAGUCGAAAUGAAUAUGAUAGCGACAUAAAUUCUUAUUAUGAGACAUCGAAAUACGGUCACGAUCCCUUCGCCGAUCCGGAACCUGAAAUUGGGAAUGUAAAUGUGGUUCCGGGGUUUCAACCAAUCAAUUUACCAAAUUUGGAUUUCGACAGAUAUCGCGGUGAUACAAAUCCAACUUCUCCUGGAGAUUUGACGAGAGAUUAUCUCCGGAAUAAAAAUGCAAUAUUGAGUGGGAGAAGGGAACCAAGUGUCACUAGUGAAACGGAUAUAUUAGAAAGGCAACGGGAAAUGGAGGGGGCAGAUAGUGGUGAAAUUACUGAACAGCCGAGGACAGGAAGAUGGUCGAAUCCUUUUACGGCGAGGGAAAAGAGGGGGACGAGAGCUUAUGAGGAGAUGGGUGGAGAGGAAAGGAGGGAAGGGAGGUGGAGGGAUGCGAGGAGUUGGGUUAAGGGGCAGGUGGAGAGGGUUAAGGAUAGGUGA